AUGCCUGAAGGAUACGAACAGUAAGCGACAGUUAAUGAUGCUAUAAUAUUGUUUAGAACAGAAUGGAUAGAAAUCGUGGAACCAAAGACCCGCCAAAGGAUGUAUGCCAAUUUAGUGACCGGGACAUGUCUAUGGGAGCCUCCGACCGGCGUCUUGGUGUAAGUUUCCUUGUUUUAGGCGUGUAUUUUUGGAUUUUAGGAAAAAGACAAGCGAGAAUCAAUGGUGGGAGCUGUUUGACAGCAAUACCAGUCGAUUCUAUUACUACAACCCGUGUUCUACAGAAACAGUUUGGCAAAAACCGCGAGGAUGCGAUAUAAUUCCUCUUGCCAAGUUACAGGUAAGGUAAACUAUAAUUUAUAGAGUAAUAAUACCAUUUUAGCAAUUGAAGGAAAGCACGGCUUCUGGAGCCUCGGCGUCGCCUGCGUCAACAUUAUCUCGAGAUAAUAAAAGCAAAAAUGCUGAGUGCUUCUACACCAACUUUAAAGACCCAUCAAGUCAAAUGCAGGAGAUGAAGAUAUCUGAGUAUUCGAAUAAUGUCAGUUCGCCAAGUUCAAGGAGGAAGCUACGAUCUCAUUCUGGGUCUUCAGCUUUAAGUUGCGAGUCUUCAGCUACCAAGUCGAAGUUCGAUAACUGUUUACAAGAGAUGGUCACGUCCAAGACGAUACUGGAACCUUCGUCUUCUUUUUAUGAUAACGAGCACUGGACUGGCAGGACGAGAACAUGUUCUACGAGUUCUUCGUUAUCUAGCUCAUUACAACCUUCAGAAGCUUUGUCUCAGGUAAGGUUUAGUCAGUUUUGUGUUUAUUUAGUUGUUAAAUUUAUCGUAUAAUUUAAAAUUAAUUGUAGAAGGCCCCGGUAACUACGUCUACGGUCUCUGCGAACGCCAGCAAAUUAAACUGGACAAAAGAUUCGUUAAAGGGACCUCUUACCGAAAUUUCAAGUAAAAAAGACCGAAAACAAGCUUUAGUAUUAUUCAAACUAGUCCAAAGUUACAUGGGAGACAGGAAAACACGGACUACUAAUGAUAAUGUAAGUUUUUAAAAAUACAUGCGCAUUUUUGUGGUAUUAAAUUAUGAGCUUUUGCAAAUUUAAAUUUUUAACUUUAAGAUUGAACUUUUCAGCUUGUGAUGAGUAUGUUAGAAAUAGUAUUUAAUUCUCCGCCACUCAAAGACGAGCUCUUCUUACAACUGAUAAAGCAGUUAUCAAAUAACCCCAAGAUUGAUUCUCUCCGCCGCGGCUGGGAACUGUUAGCAAUAAUGUUGUCCUUCUGCAUUCCAUGUGAUAACGAUGUUGUGUUUGACGUCACUUCUUUCGUGGAGCGAUGCUCUGACCCUUUACUUGAUCCUCCAGAGUUUGUCUGCUCUAAAUAUGCCAAACAUUGCUUUAAACGAAUCCAACUGCCAAUUAACUUCUUCAAGGUAUCGCUGGAGUCGAUCCAGACUGCUAGGUACAACAUCUUCUACCCUUCCAUGUUUGGGACGACGUUAGAAGAGCUGAUGGACUACCAGAAGGACAAGUGCCCCAAUCUGGACAUUCCUUGGAUAGAAGACGUGUUGAUCAGUAUGAUAUACGAGUUGGGUGGGGAACGGACGGAAGGGAUAUUCAGAAUCACUGCAGAUCCGGAUUGCAUGCAUCAAGGUAAGCUGAUUAUCCAAAUUAUAACCGGCUUAUAUCUAAAACAAUGUUUAAAAGGUUUAGGUAAUGUGAAUGUUUUAUUUGUUGAAUCAUUAAAAUAAUUCAAAAUCAUCUGUUUAAGAGUAAUAGCUCAGUCUAUAGACUUAACAUUCUUUUUAAUUUGAAGGUAUUGUCCAACUGAACGUGUGGGUAAAGCCAGCAAUCCGAGACGCACACAUUCCAGCGGCCUUGCUGAAACAAUGGCUGCGCCAACUUCCUGCCCCAUUAGUACCAGACGAGAUGUACGACAAGUGUCUGAGUGCUUCGACCGAUGCUGACAAAGCGACUGCUUUAGUAAAAUCACUACCUCACAUUAACCAAAAAGUAUUGGUGGCCUUGUUAACCAUGCUACAACGACUCAUCGACGACGAAACGGUCAAGUCGACCAAGAUGGACGUCUCCAACUUGUCUAUGGUGAUGGCACCCAACAUACUACGAUGCCAAAGCAAAGACCCCAACGUCGUGUUUGCCAACUCGAGGAAGGAGAUGGAGUUUGUGAAAACCCUGAUUCUGUGUUUUAAACAUGUAUUAUAG